GUCGGUCUGUGAUGCAUGGUGGGCGGGCUAGAGGGAAGGAAGGAAAGCAAGCCAAAAAGCUGCCGGAGCGACUGGGUGGAGCUGCUGGCCGCGCCGCGCUUCCAUCCCGAGAACCCUCGGAUUCAUUUCCCAGACGAAGACGAGAUCCUGGCGAGUCCCGCAAGCGAGACCAGCAAGAUGCUGUGCAACCACCUCUUCAUCUUCGUCGUUGUGACGGGGAUCGCCCUGGGGCUCCGGACUUCGGAAGAGCCAGUUAGCAAGUCUAAAAUCUGUGCCAAUGUUUUUUGUGGAGCUGGCCGGGAAUGUGCUGUAACAGAAAAGAGUGAGCCAACCUGCUUGUGCAUUGAGAAGUGUAAAACCCACAAGAGGCCAGUAUGUGGCAGCAAUGGUAAGACGUACCUGAACCACUGUGAGCUGCACCGUGAUGCUUGCCUCACUGGUUCCAAGAUUCAGGUGGACUAUGAUGGCCAUUGUAAAGAGAAGAAGCCUGAGAAUUCAGCUGCAAGUCCAGUGGUCUGCUAUCAGACUGAUCGUGAUGAACUUCGGCGUCGUGUCAUCCAGUGGCUUGAAGCUGAAAUCAUUCCUGAUGGGUGGUUCUCCAAAGGCAGCAACUAUACAGACAUCUUGGAAAAGUACUUCAAGAGUUUUGAUGAUGGAGAUUCCCGCCUUGACUCCAACGAAUUCUUGAAGUUUGUAGAACAAAAUGAGUCAGCUGUCAACAUUUCUACUUAUAUGAAUCAAGAGACGAACAAGCUUCUCAGGGGACUCUGUGUAGAUGCUCUCAUUGAGCUCUCUGAUGAAAAUGCUGACUGGAAGCUGAGUUUCAAUGAAUUCCUGAAGUGCCUCAACCCAACCUUCAAUCCACCAGAAAAAAAAUGUGCCUUAGAAGACGAAUCAUAUGAAGAUGGAGCAGAGACUCAAGUGAACUGUAACCGCUGCGUCUGUGCUUGUGGGAACUGGGUGUGCACCGCCAUGACCUGUGAAGGUAAAAACCAGAAGAUCCCUUUUCAAGAGCAGCCUGAAGAGAAGCUGACUGAAGAAGAGCUAGCCAGAUAUGUUCAAGAGCUGCAGAAGCAUCAGGAGACCUCUGAGAAGAUCAAGCAAAUGACUACCAAAGAAAUGUGAGAGGUACACACCAGAAGGCAAAGUGUGUUACCUGUCUCACCUACCAAUCUUCCUUCAAUAUGCAAACAUGUUUAGAAAUUAUUGCUCAGUCACAGAUAUUUACAUUGUGUAGCAAUGGGAGGGAGGUAAAGGAAAAUGGAUUCUUUUGAAAUUUAAAAGAACCUCCCCGCCAAUAUUAUGGCUUCUAUAGCAAGGAUAUGAAGUUGAAUUGAUAGCGACUAAUGAGGACAGCAAAUAACUCCAGUUCUGGAGCUCCUAGAACUCAGGGGAAGCAUCACUGUAAACUAGGAUCAUGGUGUCUUCUGUGGAAGUUGUAUUGAUGGUGGAGCAUUGCCCUAUGACUCUCUUGCUGCAGCCUAAAAUACUUUUUCACAAAUAUUACUAUAACUGGAGGAGCCCAAUAAAGAAAAUGCAAUAGCUAUGCAUAUAUUCCAUGGCAUAUCACUUUUCUGCACUCCAUUUUGAUAUUUAGCCUUCCUUCUUCUUCUGUGCUUCACCCAACCAUCAUUUUUUUCUGUUUCAAUCAGUUCCUGCAGAAUCCCCCCUACCCCUGCCAUUGAUUAAUGUGCAUAUCAUUGAGAGUCCCUAGUAAAUAUAGAGCAAGCUCUUUAUCCCUACCAGAAGCCACAGAACUCCGUAUGUUUCAAACUGACCUCAUUUUCUUUCCUCCUCUCUUUGCAAUGGUGCUACAAUAUAUUUUCUUAUCACCUUCUUACUCUUUUUAAUUAAUGAUUUUUAACUGAGCUUUUUGUAUCUUUGAUUUAUAUUGUUUAUAGCUUCUGGAAAAUGCUGUACUUCUGUGUUCAUGCUUUAUAUUAUAGCUACAUGUAUCAAGGAAGUAAAAUCAGUGCAGCACCAAGGGGACCAAGAUUGUAUAUGGCUGUUCUAAAUUUGCCAUUGCACCUUUCACUGUAAACGGUAUGGUUCAUGUAUGGACAGAGCAGAACAGAGUUUUUGAGAGAGAUACUCUUAAGCUUCCCACAGCAUCAUUCUUUCAAGGAAGUGAGGAAUGGGAGAAAGGUGCAAUUCUUGACUUUAUUCAAGAAUUCACUCAACCCUAUUAAUUAAAUAGAAGGAAAUAGUAAUGUUUGUCAAGCAUGAAGUAAGUAUUCCCUAUGCUGUUUGGAAGAUAGAUCAACAAGAAACAUAUGUACAUAUCUAGUGCUUUAUACUGAGGCACUGCUGCUGUCAUUCCCAAAGGGAAAGAUAUAUGCCUGAGGUUUGCGGACUUAGAGCUCAUCUGAUGGUUUUUGACAACUAGUCCCUAAGUAGAAAAGGAGAAUGCACAAUAUCAUAAAUGCAUUGCAUGUUUUGAUGCAAAAUCGAUCUGUUUAGGAAUUUUGGCAAUAAAAUCAGGAGAUCCAGUCUCCUCACUUGUUAUAACAAA